CAUGAGCCACCGCGAUGCCCACCUGGUCUAAAGCUUCCCGUAGAUAGGAAGCCAGGAGUCCAAGCUGGGCACUUACGUGCACCAUCUGUACACUUUAUGCAGCAGGGAUCACCCUCCGAAUUACUACAGGAUGUUACCAAGCGGAACCUCGGUAACGACGCAUCACUACGACUUGCGCAAGGCAAUACCGAGCUAAACCUCGGCAAUAUGUUCUCGACUCUUGAACCCAGUGCCUCGAAUUUUCAGUCAUCGUCGACACCUGAGGCAAAACAGGCCAGUGUUAUCGUUCAGAGGAUUUCGAACGAUGGGAAUCUUGCCUAUUCUAUUCAGGCAGGUGGUCAUACGUACGUCGCUACGGCACAGGUCGGCAGUGGUGCAUUCGGUUACGUCUGGUACGCUAUCAAGGACCAAACAGAGGAGGUCGCUAUCAAGGUCAUUAACAAGGUUGGGUUGCUUGCGCAAUUUGUUUGCUGCGCCAAAGACAAACGACCGACCAUGCAACAACUGCUCGAAGGUUCUCAAGCAGCAGCAGCAGCUAUCAGUGCUGAAUAUGAGGCAUUCAAGCGUGUCACCGAAGAGCAAUCCCCAUUUUUGACUCCUCUGCUGCAUGCCUUCGAGGACGAGGAUAACUUCUACUUCGUAAUGAGGUUCUACCCCCAGACUCUUCGCACUAGAGCAAAAUUCGGAUUCAUGCAUUGGCAGUUGCGGCUUGUUGCUGCUGAGCUUCUUCUCGCCCUCCAGCAUCUUCAUAAGCUGCGCGUCGUACAUUUGGACUUAAAGAUGGAAAACGUGCUCGUAACUCCGUCCGGUCACGUAUGCAUUGCAGAUUUUGGCAAUGCUGAAGUCCUAGACCGCAAACUAACCUGUCAGCAAUUUCACAACGAGCUCAUGUAUGGUGCAUCGGGUACUAGCGGUUACCUUCCUCCAGAACGAGUCGAGGGAAACCAGGGAUAUAACCUCAAGACGGACACCUGGACCUAUGGUACCAUUUUACUGGAGCUUUUACUAAUAAACGGCGGGCACUGGUAUUCUAUAUAUCAUUUCAAUGAUGGAACACAUAAAUAUCGUAACGGCCACAAGAUACCCGCGGGUUACAGCCAGCUGGCCUUCAUAAGACCGAACGACGAGAUAUAUCUCAUCCAAGACAAGGACGCUAAGGAUCUUCUUUAUUCUAUUUUCUUUCCCAAACACUAUGCCAGGAGGCCUGACUUGGAGUCAAUUCGCAGUCACCCGUUCUUUGCCUGCAUCGACUGGCAGAAGUUAGAGAAUCGGGGAUACGAUCCCAUGUUUAAAGCUUGCUUGGGCAACGCACCACUCGAAUCUGUAGACUCUGGAAAGAUUGCCAUCGAAUGCUCUCAUCCUCGGCUACCAGACUUCAAGAAAGCCGUGCACGAGCAAGCUAACGGUGGUUUCUCUCUCGGGCAAAUACACGUAGACUACGAGUGCCCGAGCGAGUUGGCACAUGAUGCUAUGCAUGGAGCAACUUGCAGGGUUACAGCCUCAGGGACUAAGGUUCCGCGGAGGCAUGUUUGUAAAUGUGACUUGCCUGCCGACUGGAACUAGGGUUGAUAUUUACCGAUUUGCCAUGAGGCAUCCGAGCAGGUCGCCUUGUCUACAAUAUGUAAGGACGGAACGUUUGAUCCCGCGGAACCAAUUCGCGUGACUCUCCUGUCUGUACUCCACCUGUCCUCCAAAUUGGUCUAGCACCAUGCGCGCUUGACAUCAAUCUGAGCACUUUCUCAUCGAUUGAUCGCUCAUUGUCCUCCUAACUGCAUGUUCCUGUCCUAAUUC